GUUAGCAAUAGCGACCGAGAAGGAUCAAUUUAUCGAAAAUCGCCGUCAGUGCAAUACACACUGCGUUAAGUGUUAUUAAAUACUUGUCGUCGGGUAAACAGUUCAAUUUGUACAUCGCGUGAGUCACAUAACAUAACCGUAGUGCAUUUUGCGAAUUUUGUGUAAACGCUGUGUUAAAACUGCAUCGUGACAGUGCUGUGUCGAAGUAGUGAGAUAAUUAGUUUUAAAUAUAAUCAUUGGUUCCACGGUUCGAGAUUCUACAAAUUUACUACAUGCUUCCUGGAAUUUGAUAUCGCUGUUUGAAGAUAGGAAACACACAAUGGCAACCAAAGGCAAAAGACCAUUACGCAAUUUAACCGCUUCCGACAAAAUCGAAGCCAUUCAGCGGAUUCACGAUGGUGAAUCCAAGGCUUCAGUUGCUCGUGACAUAGGCGUACCUGAAUCAACUUUACGAGGUUGGUGCAAAAAUGAAGAUAAACUGCGAUAUAUGUCGCGACAAUCUACACCUGACGGAGUCGCCGCCGUGGGUGGAGAUGAUUCCGGUGAUUCUUUGGGUAUUUCAUCGGCUGUUCCAGAGAAACGUACUAAGUACGAUUAUACGUCAGCUACUAAGCCUCCGAAAUACGACUUUUCGGGUUCGCUAGGAGUAAUAAAAAAUGGUGUUAGCGCAUCAGGACUAGAUUUGAGCGGCGUUGAUAAACGUAUGGAUACUGUAAUGGACUCUGAUUUGGGCGCUAGUAGCAUGAUGCCCUCGGGUUCAGAAGUCAAUUGA